UAGUUCGUCCUAAUUGUGCAUAUCUUUGCCACAUUCCUUUGUUGCUGCUGUCGAUUAUGUCGGAACCUCGCAAAGCUAGUUUGCUUGAAUCCAUGGGUUUAGGAGGAACCGCUGCGGCCUUUGCCGUGAAUUUCACUCAUCCGAUUGAAACGGUAAAGACUCGCAUGCAAGUCUCGGGUGGCGGUAUCGGCCCCACGGUGACCGGACUCCUGAACAAGGAAGGAGUGAGCGGCUUCUACAAAGGCCUCGUGUUUGCCUACGGUAGGGAGCUGUCCUACACGUCCAUUAAACUCGGUGCAUACGCUCCCGUCCGGGAUGCCCUUGGCGCAGGCGCGGACGCACCGUUUUAUCUCAAAUUUCUGGCGGGGGCGAUUACGGGAGGUGUCGGCUCUGUCGUCGGCAAUCCGUUUGAUGUCAUGAAGACUCUGUCGCAGACGAAUAAGGAAAAAUCCGUCAGCCUCGCUACUUUGGUGGGAAAUAUGUAUCGCGAUCAAGGAGUCGGAGGCUUCUAUCGAGGAGUCCAAGUCAACGUUGCCCGCGCAUGUGUCUUGAACGCCACCAAGAUGGGCUGUUACGACAUGUCAAAAGGGUACGUCACGGAGGCCACUGGCUGGAAACGGAAGGAUGUCCGAACGUCGUUUGCUGCGGCAUUCGUGGCCGGGUUUUUUAUGACUUGCACUGUGGCACCGUGGGAUAUGCUUCGCACCAAACUCAUGAACCAACCGACCGAUGCCAAGAUCUACGAUGGAUUCUCGGAUUGCCUCCUGAAGACGGUCAAAGCCGAUGGUGUCGCGAGUUUGUGGCGUGGUUUUAUUCCAAUCUGGGCGCGCUUUGCGCCACAGGCGACCCUCCAGCUCUUGACCAUUGAAUUUUUGUACGGUAUUUGUGGAUUUAAGAGCAUCUAGAGGUUGCAAGGAGAAGCAGAGAAAAAAGAACGCGUGGUCUUUUUUGGCAAAUAUGGGUGGACACGUUGUUGAUUAUCAGAGAGUGAUUUUUGUGCUGUGAAUUUCAUGUUUAUCCGAAAGGUCGCAUCGAAAGGCCCCGGCGAAUUUGCAUCAAAUUGAUUGUUGUCUGGUCU